UUCAACUCAAAAUGGGAUUCAAAUUUUGUGCAUGAUAACUGAUGUCAUUAUCUGGAUUCCUGCUGCUACUGCAUUCCAAAGAAGUCUCAUUAGCUUGUGCAAAUGUAGCAGUAAGCAUUGUUUUGCUGCAACAGGGGGAACAUGACUUUCUUCUGUUUCCGUUUGCAUCGAUAUAGCAGUCUGACCGGGAGUUUAAAAUGGCUAAAGAUAUCAAACAAACAAGGCUUUAAAAAAAAAAAAAAAGCAGAAGGAGUUGUAAUUUUGUCACUUCACUAAAAUUAAUUUUCCGGACAGAGUGAUAUAUCCUGUUACACAAAAGAUCUCUGCACGACGUCAAUCAAACCACGACGAUCAACGCACCUGCGCGUUCACGAUCCUGGACGGUAACGCGAACGAAAUCAUCAAAGCUUGCAGUAUGUUUCCGACUGGUAGAUCAUUUCGAGGUUCCAGAGGAGCCUGUUUUGCAAUGGUUAUGAAGAACUUGCCUGUGGAAUCAGGACUGAUGCAGUCAUACGAGCCACCAUCUACCUUGAAUAGUCCUGGAAAAUAUGCGUUUGACCAACAAGUGGACAGCACGUUCAGAUCUGAUCCCGCUUUCAAGCCAAAAGUCCCACCUAAAACCCUGAUUGCUAAAUACAGAAAUGGUGAGACAAAUGCUGUGGCUCUGCUCCAUCAGCUUGCACACGUUUUGCAAUUCCAGAUGGAAUUAAAGGAGACUGUAACCACAGGCAGUGUACCAGGCUUUUAUUUUGCCUUCUGUGUGGUGAUCGACGGGGUCAAGUACAAGACUGGCAUGGGAAUACGCAAGAAGGAGGCUCGGCUCAGAGCAGCAGAGCUUGCUCUGACGGAGCUGCUGCCCACCUUGGAAAACCUGAAGUCUGCCAUCCCUGAAGCAUCAGCUCUCCCUCCACCCCUGCCAGUAAAAGACAAGCCUUCCAUCUCUGACGUUCGUCCUUGUAGAGCCAUUCACGAAAGGAAGAGUUCUGCAAACCUCCAGAUUCCACGUGCUGUCAGGGAUCAGCUCACUAAACUGAUGAACAGCCACCCGGAAUUCUCCGACUGUGCAGGCACCACUGUAGCUUUCAUUGUUCAGACUUCCAGCGGAUAUGAGGUAGUUGCUCUCGGCACUGGGAACUUCAACACCAAAGAGAGUGUGUCGUCAAAUGGACGGAUUGUGCACGAUUCACAUGCAGUUGUCACCGCAAGGAGAUCUCUAAUGAGGUUUCUGUACCGGCACCUGCUGAUGUUUUUCAGCAAAAAUGCCAGUAUGACAGAAAAGUCGAUCUUCCAGCAGAACAGCAGCAGCAGCCUCCUCAGCCUGAAGAGUGACAUCACCCUUCAUCUUUAUGUGAACCAACUGCCAAAGGGUGCUGCUCAGAUCCCUUCCCAGCUGCGCCUGAACCCGCUCUCCAUUUCGGCAUGGCAAGUCAACAAUGAGAUCAGUCUGCACCUUUCAGUGGAGGGCAAGGUGUUCUCUGUUUUCUCAUCAGCCCUUGAUCACUGUGGCUCCAAAGUGGUCAGCAUGUCCACCACUGAUAAGAUCACUCAGUGGCAGGUGCUGGGAUACCAGGGAGCCUUGCUCAGCCACUUUAUUGAGCCUGUCUACGUCCAAAGCAUUCUCAUAGGUGACUCUGACUGCAGGGAAAUCCGUGGUAUGGAGAUUUCUGUGAGCCAGCGUGUGGAAGGGAUCACCUCUCAGCUGCCUAUGUUCUACUGCAUGAUGAGGCCUCACAUCAGCCUGGUACCUUCCGUGGCCACUAACAGCCCAGGCAGUAGCCAGUUGACCUACGGUAUCAACUGGAGUGAAGGAGACGGCUCACUGGAGGUUGUGGAUGGUCUGGAGGGCAAGACCAUAGAUGAGUCCCCCUUUAAGAGCGGCACUGCUCUGGCCAGCCGUCUGUGCAAAGCAGCGAUGCUGCACCGCUUCAAGUUGGUGGCCAAAGAGGCUCAACGGCAGGACCUGUUGGCCACAAGCUCCUACAGAGAAGCCAAGAGGAUGGCAAAGCCGUACCAGGAGGCCAAGAACGUGCUGCGGGCAUACUUGUUGCAGCAGGGCUUUGGUUCCUGGCUGGACAAGGUUUGGGUUAGUGAUAACUUCAGCAUGUGAAUAAAACCUCAUAACUGAGAAAAAAACUAGAGUUAACAGGAAAUUUUGUUUACAAUUUAAAACCACCAUUAUAUAUACUGGAAGCACUUACUGCUAUGGGACUUGACAGUGCCGGUAAUAAGUCUAUUUUGUUAGUUCUAAAGGGAUUAAAAUCAAUCCCUGCUAAGAGUAGUUUUGUGUCAAGAUUCCAUUUUCAAAAGAGGAAUAAAUAUUAAAUAACUAUAUAAAUUAUAGUUAAAGCUCACAACUGCUUUCUUCAGUCAAUAUGUUCAUGUGGAUACACUGCAUGGUGAUUAGAACAUGCUUCAUUUACGUUGUUCUGCAGUUCUAAAUAGUAUUGUACGCAAUUUGUGUGAUUGAAAUGACUUUUCAGAGUUCAUAGUCAUAACUUUUGUAUUUCUACUUUUGAACAACCCUUAAUGGUCCUGAAGGUUCUAGAUGGUUUAAAUCUAGGUGAGUUCUUUUCUAUUUUUUAUGACAUAGAUCUGUUUGUGAGAUCAAGUUACUGUGUUUUCACUUCUUUGGACGAAUGUCAGUUUGGUUCAUAUUCAGCAGUUUAUCAACAGACACUGUACAGUGCAAAAUUUAAACCUUUCCACAAGGAUAGAACAAUAAUAAAAACAAACAA